AUGGUAGAGACUUUGUCAACUUCGACCGCUCUGCUUUCACAUGUUGGACUGCAUGGGCUCGGGGCUCCUGAUGUUACUGAGUGGCGCUCGCUAAGGGACCUUUUGGCGGUUGCUGGGUGUGGACGGCUCGGCGCUCUAAGACAGCCGUCGGCUAGGGAAUUACUUCCUUCUUUCGAGCAAACUGGGCCUCCUCAAUAUGGAGCUGCUUCAAUUACAAAAACCAUCGUUGUUGAUCAGAAAGGACAUGGAAACUUCAAGUCGAUUCAAGCUGCCAUUAAUUCAAUUCCUGACGGCAAUAAAAAAUGGAUUCAAAUUCAUGUUAACCAAGGGAUUUACAGGGAAAAGGUUAACAUACCAAUGAAAAAAUCAUUUAUUGUGCUCCAAGGUGAAGGUGUUAGCAAGACUAGCAUAGAGUGGAAUGAUCGUGGAGAUACCAUGAAUUGUGCGACCUUCAGGGUAUUUGCCAAUGAUUUUGUUGCUCGCGAUAUUGCAUUUGUGAAUUCAUUUAAGCAACCGAGUGGUGGACCUUAUCAAGUAGCAGAGGCAGCUCUAGUAGGAGGAGAUAGGAACUCCUUCUACAGGUGUUCUUUCAUUGGCUACCAAGACACCUUGUGCGAUUACCUUGGCCGACACUUUUUUAGCGAUUGUUGGAUCGAAGGUGCUGUCGAUUAUAUUUUUGGCUCUGCACAAUCCAUGUAUAAGAGUUGUGUUCUAAAUUCGAUCGGAUCAGGUUGGCUGACUGCCAAUUCUAAGUCGAACAAAAGUAGUCCAACCGGGUUCGUGUUCAAGUUUUGCACCAUUCGCGCCUCGGGCAAGACCUACCUCGGAAGACCAUGGAACGAAUGGUCCACUGUGGUUUUCUACAAGACAUACAUGCCGGCCAAUAUUGUACCCGAGGGUUGGGCAGCAUGGGGUUCCUCAGAUCAGAGCAAGACAACUUAUGUAGAAGAAGGUUGCACGGGACCAGGCUCAUCUAAGUCAAGAAGAGUAAGUUGGUUAAAGAAACUUUCUGGAGAACAACUUUCUCACUUCACUGACAACAGAUUCAUUGGCCCUGAUGACUGGCUGUCUCAACAGCCAUAA